UUAAUCAGCUCCAUCUGGUACGCAGGCUGAGACCCUACCUGCUUGCAGACUCUCUCACCAGAGUGAUGCAUGCUCUAGUUAUCUCCCGCUUGGCCUACUGCAAUGCAUAUUUUCUCUGGGGUUGUUCCCACAUCCCACCCCUAUGCUUUGCCAUUUUCUCCCGCCUUAAGCCCCUCUUCACUCUGGGUCCAUGAAAAGCCCUUCCCAAUGCAAUCCUACCCCUGCUUUGCUUUACAUCAUGGCAAAUUGUGUUCCCUUUCCUCAGACACCUGUUUCCACCAAAGGGAGCCUGUAAUCCCCUUUUGCUAAGCCCUUCCUCCCCAACUGGAGGAAACCUCCCUGGGGCACUAGGUGAGCCGGCCAAUCAGAGAGGCACAAAGGGCAGGGCCAGACUGGCUGAGUGACAAAAACUGAGGCACAUAGCUGCCUGACACUCUGGAGCAGCCAGUCAAUGAGCUGAGAUCUCUUGAGUGAUCAACAGCUGCUUCAACUCGGCACCAGCAGCAGAUCCACCCAGCCCCGAGAAGCAGGGAGAGCAACAGGAAGCAAAGUAGUUGCCAGGGGUUAGCAGUUAUCCUCCUUGUACCCAGGGCAGAUUGCCAUUCCUUUUAGGCUAAGAUGCAAGCAGCUGGUCCCAGCGCAGGCACAGUUCGUGAGUUCUAGUUACUGUCACAAGAACUACGUGGCAACAAAACCACCUCCUCUGCUGUAUCUUGCUACCUACCACGCUUGGGUUCUUCAUGGCUCCCACCUACAGCCCCCAGGGCAGCUGGACUCCUCUGGCCACGCUGGCCCUACUAUGGACUUCUUUGGCCUGGAUCGAGGGAAAGCCUGCAUGUCCUUCCUGUAAGGUGCCGCCUCUGGAGCCCAGUGCUGAGAAAGCCUUUCUGGUCGAAUUAGCCAAGCAGCAGAUCCUGCAGAAACUAAACUUGAGCGAGAGGCCGAACAUCACCCACCCUGUGCCACGUGGGGCAGUGGCCAAUGCCCUACGCCGCCUGCACCUGGGCAAAGCCCGGAUGGACAGACUUGGGCACUUCUCCGGCUGGCAGAACCCCGAGCCUGAUGAACAGGGGUACGAGAUCAUUAGUUUUGCAGAGACAGAGCCCUCCGGGGUCCUCCAGUUCCAGCUGACACAUCCGAAAGGCCAAGACAUGCACAUCCUCCAGGCUGAGCUGUGGCUGUACCUCAAGGCUCACCAAAACAUCACCCUGCAGGUCUACCUGGCAGGGCAGCAGCGAGUGGCCCUUGGGGAGCGGCAGCAGCUGGAGAGCAAAGGCAGCAGCUGGCACACCUUCUCCCUCAUGCCAGAUCUGCAGAGCUUCCUUGAGCGUGAGGAGACGGCGCUGUGCCUGGAGCUGCAGUGUGAAGGCUGCCACCCCACCAUCGACUCUUUGCUGACUGCCACUGGCAGCUCCCAACAGCCCUUCUUGAUGGUCAAGGCCAAGAUACGGGAGCCCGGCCACCGGGUAGCUAAGCGUAGCCUGAGCUGCGACCAGAACUCUGACCUGUGCUGCAGAAAAGACUAUUAUGUAGACUUUCGGGACAUUGGUUGGAAUGACUGGAUCUUUAAGCCAGAAGGUUAUCAGAUAAACUAUUGCAUGGGGGAGUGCCCCAUGCACCUGGCUGGCUCACCUGGGGUAGCAGCCUCCUUCCACACAACUGUCUUCAACUUGGUCAAAGCCAACAACAUCCAGACUGCUGGCCGGUCCUGCUGCGUCCCCACACAGCGACGGUCCCUUUCUCUGCUCUACUUUGAUCCCAAUAGCAACCUCAUAAAGACAGACAUUCCUGACAUGGUUGUUGAUGCUUGCGGUUGCAGCUAAGAGCAGGAUUCUAGCCACAGGGAAAGCCGAGAGGGGCAGAACAGAAGAUGUAAGACAUUCCCCACUACUCCUAUUCAUGGGCGUAGCCGGGAUUUUUGUUAGGGUGGCCAGGACUUUGUUAGGGGGGCAGAACUGGCAUGAUUGGUCAGUUAGUUAAGUAUUUCUAUUGUUUGACUUGAUCUGGGGGGGAAGCUGCCCCCUGCCCCCCCAUGUCCCCCUAUCUAUGCUCCUAUUAGACACCCAUGUGACAGUCAUGAUGCUCCCUUCUAAGCUGGGUAGGAUGGUGUGCUGGACUCUCUUCAUAGAGCAACAGUGGUUUCUGCAGAGAAGAGCAAGUUGCAGGAGGCCUUAACCAAUCCUGCCUUCCUCAGGACAAAAGCAUUUAUAAAUAGUGCUAGGCAGGGCUACCAACAGGAUCAUUUGGACUUUGGACACUAUUGUAUUCAGGUUCCACUCUGGAAGUGAGAACUCGAUAGCCCCUCUGAUCUCUGCUUUUCCCACCACCACACACAGCAGAGUCACUUGAACCUCUUCCCCAACCCCUAGCUAUGGCCUGAUGGGAUUAGUCCAAAUGCCAGCUGGGGGAAAGCCAGCAGAACAUAUCCCCCAGGAAUGUAGGUAGUCCACUUGCCUACUUGUCUCAAUCCAUUCAGUUCAUUUUUAAUAUAUGCUAUUGAUGCAUUCAGGAUUCCUAAAUGCAACUGGAGAGAAUUAACCACAGAAAACCCCUUCAGACCUGACCAGUUAGAUACAGUGGGAUAGAAUUUGGGGUUCUUGGCUUUGGGUAGUUUAAGGAUUCUCGUGGUUGUGGCUCUCACUUUCAUUGUGUUCCCGCCUGUGUCUCUGGCUGGAUUAGAAAGUGUUUACUUGGGAAAAGACUGCAAUGAGUGUGCAGAAAAAUGGGGAUGCUGAAGAGUCAGAGCCACACAUUCAGUCAGUGACACUGAUGCCAAAGGUGCCCUUGAUACCAUUAAUACCUUUUUUAUUUGUGCAUGGAUGUUGCACUUAUGUUAAUGUAUCUAUCUAUAUUAUUUUAUUUUUGAAUUACAUCAAUAAAAAUGAUGUGUUUUUUUAAAAAAAAGAAUACAGCAUGGUUUGAGAAAUGUUUUUCAUC